UGAAGCUCCUCAUGCAGUUGUGCUGACGGACAGCUCAUGCUGUAUCACUGCAGAUACUUUUACACAUGAAGGUCAUCUUUUAAUGGGUCACGAUGCUACAGCAUGGAGUUGCGUCUGUUUUGGUCUUCCUGUCCAUAUGCAGCGCAGAGCCACUGGAUAGCUGUACUGUCGGCAGCCAUGCUCAGCUGCUCUUCACGGGCAACUUCACUCAGAUGCCAGGGAGCCGGGUGGCCAGCUCCGCCGGGGCCCUGGAGCCUCUCUACAACUUUGCCCGACUCUUCCUGGAGGCGGUGCAGCCACAUAGCUUCCCAUUAGAGCUUGCCAUUAAUGUUACGAGAAAUUUACCACUGGACAGGUCUAAGCUUGUUCAAUAUGAGGCGGGUUUCGUAGUGUGCCUCAUCCUGGCCAUCCUGUAUGUGCUCAUCAUGCCCGUGGUGGGGGCAGUGUUGGCAUGGAGACAUUGCCACCCCAAAGAGGCUCUGCCGGAUCAGAUUGUGAAACCCUCGACGUGGCCCUACAAAGACAUCUGUAUAGCAACGUGCCUGGCAGCUGUUGUUGCUUUAUUACUGGUUGGUGUGAUUUUGGCCUUCACAACUAACAAUAAAGUACGGGAAAACAUGAGACCCAACUUGCGUCAACUCAGUUCUGACAUUGGAAAAGCUGAUGAAGUUCUCAAGGUGAUCCCAAAGAAUAUUCAAGCAGUCAUUGAAGAAUUUUCGGUUCCCAAAAGAGAGAUUAUAAAGGAAUUAAAUGGUACAGGGAAUGUCAUCGGUGAAAACAUAAUUUCAGCCUUCACAGGAAGUGUUCAAGAGUCGUUUUCAGCUCUCACCGUGAUCAUUGAAGAUGUAAAUGGGGCCAAAACCAACCUGGCACAAAUGGAGACGAGACGAAAAAGCCUACAAGCUCGCCAUAACAACCUGGAAAGUGGACUACAAGCAGUCCAGUCUCAUAUUCAGACUAUACAGAGUGGUUGUCCUGACUGUACGGUCCCAGAUGCUCGAAGACUGAGGACAGUUGCUGACUACAGUCAGAUUCCAAGUGUGCAACCACAACUUGAUCAGAUAAACGAGCUUUCUGGCAAACUGACACCAGGUAUUAUCCAAAAGGCUAAUGCAUCUUUCUAUUCCACUCCUGAAGCAUGCACCCAAAGGCUGGAACCAACAAUGAAAGAGAUAGUGCUGGACUUGGAGAAAACCGAAGAUUAUUUGAGGAACUGCAGCAGACGGAUCCCUACCUUGCGGUCCCUGGCAAAUGCACUGUCAACUGUGAGGCGAUACGUACACCGGUACUCAAAAGUUGUGGAUGACGCUGACUACAUCAGGUGGUCGGUGUCAGUCCUGUUCUGCACUUUGAUUUUGAUCAUAGUCAUACUGAUGGCAAUUGCACUCUGCCUUGGCCUGCCCGCAGAGUAUUCCUCCAAUCCCUACUGCCUUCUCAGACAAGAUCGCUUUAAGCAUACAGCAGUCAACCUCCUCCGAAGCGCUGUUGUCAUCACAUUCAUCUUCUCCUGGCUGUUCAUCAUCCUGGUGUUUGUCACCCUCUUCUUUGGGGGUAAUGCUCACUGCCUCGGAUGCCGGAGCUGGACUAGUGGGAAACUGUUCGAGUUCGCUGACAGCAGUGAGGAUCUCUUCGUCAUUGGUCCAGGCAUCAACAGCACCCAUGAAGUCAACUCAACUGAAACCCCAAACCCAACUCCAUCAUUCAAUACCAGCCAGGGAGGCAACAGCUCCGUCACUGUCCAAGUUAACACCGCAGAGAUGUACCGUGGCUGCUUAAGAGGACAGUCUCUUUUCUACAGUAUGAACAUGGAUAAGGUCUUUCCCAUGGACACAUUCCUGAAUGUCAGCCAGUACCUGCAUAUAUUCAAUCUUAGAUUUCAAGCCCUAAAUGUUAAACUGGAUCAUGUCAGCCUUCUACAAAACGAUGAAAGAGAAAACCUUCAGGAGUUCAAGGACAGCUCGUUUGGUCAGAUGAAUUUUACUGCGCUUCUAAACCUGUUGAACCUGCCUGUGGUGGGCACUGAUCUUAUGGCCUUUGCUGAGGAACUGGAUGAAGCUGCAGCAAUGGACGAAAACAGCGCUGUCAAAGAGGAUUUGGAGAAUGGGGCAAAGAUGACAAGAGAUCUCGUUCCUCUAGUUGAACUGCAGGAAUCAGACAGGAUAGCACUGAUAAUCAUUGUGAACACCCUGAACAAGAUCAGUCAACAGUACGAGGGCAAUGUGGAUUUGGCCUUGAGUCGUAUUGCCAAGACAGAGAAAGAAAUGAAUCUUCAUACUCCAUACAUUACUGGAAAUGUGUCGCAGUGCUUACUAGAGAAAGGAGAACGCUACUUCCAGGAGUACAGUGGCUGGGUUCGCAAUGCGGUCAUACAUGAGAUCUUGGACUGUAAAUGGCUUCCUGUGACAGUAGAAAACAUUGUCAAUGCAGCUUGUCACAAUAUAAUUGAUCCUUGGAAUGCAUUCUGGCUGUGUUUAGGUUGGUGCUGUGCAUUCCUGGUCCCUGGGGUAAUUCUCAGCAUCAAAACAUGCAGGCGCUGGUGGCACUCGGUGUCUAAGUCCCUCAGCACUGCCACUUUGGAGGACUUUGAUACUGACAGCAUCCCUGAGGUAACUAAACCCCAGAAGAGUCUGAAGGACAUUGACGACAGCUCCAGUGAACAUGACAGUGAUGAAGGCAACAAUGAUGAAGAUACUUAAAGCAACACCGAGUUAUUCUAGCUUUUAUUUUUGAAAAUAAUGUUUCCCUAUAGCAAGUUUGUAGGGGUGGCACAUCUCUUCUCUGUAAGUGUCGUGACUAUUCAGGUUCCAACCUGUAGGACAGAUGAAACGAAUGAAAAUGACGGGCAGUUGGUAAUGGCAUCACCUUUAAAAUUUCAUUGUAGGAAGUUGGAGCAGACUGGAAGGCAUGCUCAGAAAAGGUGGCGGAAGUCAUUGAGCUUGUGUAGAGAUCAAGCGUGAUAAACAGGGAAAGCAUUUUUGGCAUCAAAAGUGUCAAAAGAGUUGAAUUUAAGUUAUCAAUAUGAUAAUUAUUAGCUAUGAAACGGUUUGGUGGCAGCCAAUGGAAUGACUUUAGUUUCAAAACAUGGGCCUCAUUUGGUUUCCCUGAUCAAACAUUAAAAAGUUGAAUUUGUAAAACAAAGGAAAUAUGUUCUCCGCGCUUCUAAAGUAGGCCUAACAAUCCGGUUCAACCAGAGCAGGAUUAAAUCAAAGGAAAAAUAAUCUGGAGCCUCACGGAUGUCUAUUUCCUGUAGUUAAUUUGAUCAGUGCAAUCAGACUAACGUUUCGACAUGCAUCUUCACCAGAGUCCUCCACCAUCAGUGUGGUACCAGAUUCUUUUCCCAUUCUAAUGAAUUGGUCUUUACAGUCCAGCAGAAUUCAUCAGCUUCUUUGAUGCAUUUUCUGACAACAAUCUUUUCCUACAGUUACUGUAGGCUCCAAGCUUUUGGGCCAACUUGUUUGUCUUUAUUUGUUUGAUGUAUUAUGGUGACAUUUACAGUUUAUUUUGUUUACAUUCAAGAGAGCACUUUUUCUAGAUAUAACUGGGAAACUGGAAAACAGUAAAACUAGGAAACCAUUUUAGGGAAGGCUGGACAUUUGAAUACAGUCUAACUUUGUCUUCUGGUUUACAGUGGUGUAGUGGAACAUGAAGCUAUUUAAAUAAACCUAACAAAAUAAAGUAGUUUACAUAGCCUACUGUAGUGCGAGGCAAGCUAUACAUUAAAUGAAUGUGGGAAAUGUGCUAAACUUGGGCAUAAACAACAGGUCCUUGUGACAAAUGGGAAAUCGGUGAGUCUCAUGUUGAGGUUUUAUGGACCUACUGAAUGUGUAUUUUGUUUAACAUUCAUUUACCAUUUUGUAAAGCUUUUAUGUAAAUAUGUGCCAAAACAUCAAGUGCUGUGUCGAUGCAGGACACACGUCAAAAAGUGAUUAAAAACAAAAGAAUUU